GAUUACUAUAUAAUACUCCGUACUAUAUAUAGCAAUGUACGUAAUUACUAUAUUCGUAAACCUGAUUACUGAUUAGGCCGGCCUGCAUAUCGGAUUGCUAAUAAUUCUUUGAUUCAAUUAUGCAUCUCGAUUGACGUACGGCGAGGUAUAGAAAUUUUGAUGAGCUGUCGUACGUAAAAAUUAAGGAAGCACUAAACUAAGGAAUUCAUUAUAUUAUAUUCAUUCCCUUUAGAGUAUAUGUAGUUUUAUAAAUAAUCAACUACAUUAUUAAUUUGCCGGCCGGUCUAGGCCGUGGUCCGCACGUCCGUUUUCAAGGACAACUAACGUUCAGGUUAAUAAAAUAUGGAGGAGGUUCAUCAUUCCGCCGCCGCCGCCGCCGCCGAAGUACGAAAGCUUCACAUAAUCUAUUUUAUCAGCCGGAAGGGCCGCACCGAACACCCACAUCUCUUCCGAGUCCACCAUCUCUCCCGCCACGGUGUCCACCUCCGAGACGUGAAGAGAUGGUUAGGGGAAUUGAGAGGAAAAGAAUUGCCCUCGUCAUUUGCCUGGUCAUAUAAGAGGAAAUACAAGACAGGAUAUGUAUGGCAAGACGUUGUGGACGAUGAUCUCCUCACACCGAUUUCGGACAAUGAAUACGUCCUCAAAGGAUCCGAAAUUACCUCAUCCACACCUACCAAAGAAAAUGGUGCGCCCAUGCAAAAGGAAUUAGAGUUGGAGAAAGAUGAAGGCCAUAAUAAAGACGACUCGAAACUGCAACUGACCAAAGAAGAAACAAAUCAAUGGCGAUGUCAUUGCCAUUGCUAUCACCAUCAAGCUCCCAUAAAUAACCCCACAUCAGGAAAGAAAACGGCCUCAGAAGAGAUCAUCAGUACCGAGGAGGAAGAAGACGACGAAUCAUCGUCUCCCAUUCUCCCACGCCGCCGGGAAACCUCGACUAUGACCGGCGACGAAUCCGAUGACGCAAGGUCGCCGUCCACUCCUCUCCGCUCUCUCUUUGCUAAAAAUAAGAUCCAAGAAGACGGCGGUGAAGACCGGAAAAAAAGGGCAGUCCCGCAACAAUCGGGCAUUUUCCGGAAUAUCAUCACUUGCGGCAACGUGGACACCAAAGACUCGGCCGUCGUGCGCCGUCAGACGUACUUUGGCGCUCCACCGUCGUCUGAUCUUAAGGGAAAAACGACCAUCUCCACGGAGAUUUGUUAUACACCGGCGAUGCUCGCCGGUGGGUCUCAGAGGACUUACAACGCUAAUGGGAGCAAAGCGCGCCAUAGUCAACCCAGGAAAACCAGCGAGGGGAUGCAUAGCAAUGGCCGGAGGCCGUUUUCCGGCGCUUACAGAGCUCCUAAGUGCUCGCAAUGUGGGAAGCCAUUCAACCCGGAGAAACUAUAUUCACACAUGAAAUCCUGCAAAAGAAUGAAGAAUUGUGGAAAGAGUACACAUCAAGACUCCUCUGCAGCUGAGAACAGUUCAAAGAGAUCAUCAACACAGCAGUCAAUGAAUAGCAAAUCAGUUUCCUCUUACUGCUCAACAUUUUGAAGACCAACGAACUGGGCUGGCUGGCAAACAGUACUCGCCCAUGCUAUUUCUUCUUCCAUGAUUCUUAUGGACUCUUAAAAAAGCAAUUCUGUACACAUGCAUACAUACUACACCUCCAUUGUACUUAUCUCUAGGUGUUUGUUUGAAUGUCCACUUUUAAAAAGAUUUAAAGUUUUCCAAAAGCACAAAUACCCUCUUGAUCUCCAGCUUCUCAAACAACAAAAUU